AUGUCCCAACAGUGGAAGUCUCUCGGGGCAUGUCUUCUAUUAUUCUCCCUUCCCACUGCCCAUUCUGCUAUCAUUGAAAAGCGUCUUGUGACCCCGUCGACACUUCCCGGAUCAUGGACCUCUCAGGGCUGCUACACGGACGUCCCAGGCCGGACCUUGUCGGGCGGGAGCUUUGCAGGGCCUACCGUGACUGAUGAAUCUUGCAUCAACUACUGCAUUACAAAUAAUUUUGCAUAUGCAGGGACUGAAUACUCUGAUGAAUGCUAUUGUGGUAAUAACCUUGCUACUGGCGCUGCGGCAGCACCAGCAACUGACUGCAACAUGGCUUGCGCUGGCAAUGCUACUGAGUCCUGCGGUGGGCCCAACCGGUUGAAUGUAUUCUGGAGUGGUGUCACUGUUGCUCCUCCUGGAAAUAAACCAACAAUUGGUUCUUACAAUUAUUACGGUUGCCAAACUGAGGCUACAACUCAGAGGGCAUUGUCUGGAACUACGACUGCUUCAAACACUAUGACCGCUGAGGCAUGUGCAACCUUUUGCUCGGGAUAUACUUACUUCGGCAUGGAGUAUGCCAGUGAAUGCUAUUGUGGAAACUCAUUCAAUACUGGAUCUGUUGCUGCUCCUGCCGGUGACUGCAGCAUGCUAUGCUCUGGGAAUUCGAAUGAGUUCUGCGGAGCUGGUGGGCGACUAACAGUCUACGCGCUUAAUAGUACUGGCGGCCCGCCACCUACAAGUACCACACCCCCUUCGACAAGUGUGACUCCAAUUGCAACUGGAUUUCCUACUGGAUGGAGCUCUCAAGGAUGCUGGGUUGAUGGCAAAAACGGCCGCAUCCUGAACCAUCAACAACCAGACAGCACUACGAAUACCCUCCAAAGCUGUGUCCAAAAGUGCGCCGGACUUGGUUACACCAUCGCAGGGGCUGAGUAUGGCAGUCAGUGCUUUUGUGAUAACUUCAUAUACAACGGUGGCGCCCCCGCUACAGCACAAUCCGACUGCAAUGUGCCUUGCCCGGGUGACCCAAGUGAAAAUUGUGGUGCUGGAAAUCGGCUGUCCAUUUAUUCCAUUGGAACUCCUCAGGUAUUUGAAGCUCCCGGACCCCAGAAGACAGGUUUGCCCACCGGUUGGACCUAUGCAGGAUGCCUUCAGGACAAUGUCGUAUCGGCUGAAAGCGUCCAAGUCAAUAUUCCAACAUUCCCAUACAAACUAUGGGAUAACAACCAGAACAGCGCAACGGCUUGUAUUACCCAAUGUCAAAAGUUCGGAUACAACGCUGCUGGGCUCGAGUAUGGUUCUCAAUGCUUCUGUGGCGAUGUUCAAAACAUCUUGGUCGCCUCCAUGCCGGCGGUAUCUACAAAUCCCACUGACCCGGACCACUUUACCUAUAAGACGCCCCCUGCCAUUGUCCCUGACACACAAUGCGAUGCUGCAUGUUCAGGCGCACCGCAAUAUCUUUGUGGUUCCGGAAAUAGACUCACAUACUAUACCUUCACUGGAACUCAGCCCUUAUACUCCUGGGAUUUCCCCACAGGCAAUGCGGCAGGCAAGUAUUCCCUCUUGAUUGGGGGUGUCAUUGUGCCACUCAUCACUUCUCAGGCAAUUACUGGCAAAAUAACGUUCCUUGAGAAAGCCGGAACGGGUGCGCCUAAUGGUACUGGUGCAUAUGAACUGGACUUGACUCAAAUCGACAACUUUUCGGCCGCUUGGAGGCAGAUGACACAACCACAAUCCGACGUAUUCUGCUCUGGGGGUGUAACAAUGCCCGAUAAAGCUGGAAGGCAAAUAAAUGUCGGAGGAUGGGCUGGCGAGUCAAACUUUGGUGUAAGACUAUACCUGCCUGACGGAUCCCCAGGAGUCAAGGGUGUCAAUCAGUGGGUGGAGGACAAAGUUCAUCUGCAACUCCAAGUACCACGAUGGUACCCAUCUGCGAUGGUAAUGGCAAAUGGAUCCAUUCUUAUAGUUGGAGGCGAGAUUGGCCAAAAUGCAGCAGAACAGCCCACUCUCGAGAUUCUUCCGCCAACCGGUGUCCCUGACGCUUCGACAUCGAGCGGAUUCUCCAACACCACGAAAUAUCUCGACUUCCUGGACCGCACAGCACCUUUCAACUUGUAUCCUUGGAUAACCGUUGUUCCGUCCGGCAUCCUGAUUGUUUAUUACAAUGAAGUGCGAAUACUUGAUGAGGUUAACUUCAACACCGUCAAGACUAUACCCAAUAUGCCCGGAGCCGUGAACGACCCAACCGGCGGAAGGACAUAUCAAUUGCAGGGUGCGACUGUCAGCUUGCCUCAGUAUGCGCCAUUUACGGAUCCCCUUGGAAUAUUAGUCUGUGGUGGAUCUACAAGUGGAGGCGGCUAUGCAAUUGACAACUGUGUUAGCACACAACCAGAGGCAGCAAAUCCUGUCUGGGCAAUUGAAAGAAUGCCUUCCAGACGAGUUAUGCCCUGCAUGGCCGGGUUGCCCGAUGGCACCUACUUGAUACUCGGCGGCGGCCAACACGGAGUAGCAGGUUUUGGUUUAGCUGGGGCUCCCAACUACAACGCCAUCCUCUACGACCCCAAGAAACCAGUCAACCAGCGAAUGAGUGUCAUGGCCAACACAACCGUUGCCCGAAUGUAUCACUCAGAAGCUAUCGUCCUCCUCGACGGCCGCGUCAUGGUUUCCGGAUCCGAUCCCUCUGGACAAUUCCCCAGCCCAGCAGAUAAUUUCCCAGAAGAAUACCGGGUCGAAGUCUUUACUCCGCCAUAUCUACUCUCUGGCCUCGCUCGCCCAACGUUCACGAUCACGAAUAAGGAUUGGACGUACGGACAAGCAGUAACCUUCACAUCCUCAGUUGCAAAUAUCAAGGUCUCGCUCUUGGGAUCCGUCAGCUCCACGCACGGUAAUUCCAUGGGCCAACGGACCAUGUUCCCAGCAGUUUCUUGCUCCGGCACUUCCUGCACAGUCACUUCUCCUCCGAAUGCUCAUGCUUGCCCACCCGGAUGGUACAUGAUGUUUGUCUUGAACGGUCCUACGCCGUCAGUUGGACAGUUCGUCCGCAUCGGCGGCGAUCCUGCGCAUCUUGGAAAUUGGCCCAACUUACCAGGUUUCCCACUUCCUGGAAUUUGA